UUGUUGUUGAUUUGGAAAUGACACCGGUUUUUCCAGCAUCUUUUUGGGGCAUAACAAAAAUGUUAAUUUAACUAUUUUAGCUCUCUUUACGUCUUUAAGUCUUUCAGUUUCCAGAAUCAACUCGCUCUUUCCAGUUAAAAUUAAAAAUAUGCUCAUUUUUGUCCAGUCACAUUGUGUCAGGAUAAACUUCAUUCAUGAUUACGAAGUACUGACAAAGAGUUUAAAUUUAGUGGACAUACAUCGUUCAAAGCAUAUAAAAGGGAAGCUUUGUGAAGCGAUCAACAAUUUACAAAACUUCCAGAAGUCCUGGAAGAAACAAGAAGUUAAGUAUCUACAGAAGAAGUUCAAAAAGAAGACAGCAUGGCUUUUCCUUUCCCAUUUCCAACCUAUCAACCAUGCAAUUACAAUAGUCCGGUGCCUGGAUGGUUCGACUUUUUCCACGAGCUAUGGAAAGAGAUGGCUUUGGCGUGUGAACAAGAAGUCGGCUACUGGGUGCAGGAACAGUCCAACAAGGGAACGGUGAAGAUUGCAUCUGUUCUACUGAGGCACUUCAAACCUGAAAACAUCGCUCUUGAAGUUGAUAGCGACAAGGUGAUCCUACAUGGAAAGCACCGCUCAGAGAGAGAAGAUGGAUUCUACAGAUGCGAGUUCAAGAGGGUCUUUCCACUUCCGCAAAAUGUCGAUCCAACUACUGUGACGUCACGCAUUACUCAAGAUGGCGGCGUCCUCAUCAUAGAGGGCUUAAAGCACGUGGAAGAGAAAGAGGAUGACGGAAAAUUUGAGACCAAGUUGGAUGUCAGUGGUUUUAAGCUAGAAGAGAUAAAGAUUCAGCUGCAUGGAAAAGAGUUAAUUGUCUGUGGAGAACGCAAAUUAGAAGAUGGCAGGACCAAUCGGUCACGUGGCUUCAGUCACUGUAUUCUGCUCCCCGAUGACGUCGUCGUCAACGUCGACGUCAGUUCAGUAAGAUCACACUUGUCAAAAGAUGGCCUGCUGAUGGUCGAAGCAUCACGUGACCCCGCCUUAUUGCCGCGCGAGAGAGCGGUUGAUGUCCUCCUGGAGACAAAUGAAACAGAGGAUGAACCGAAGCCCUUCACUAGAGAUGAACCAGCAGACACCAAAUGAAAUUAGAGUAGAUCGAGUUUGUACGAAAGAGAUGACUAAUUGAUAAAUGAUGGUACAGUUGAUUAAUUCAGGCAAGAAAAGUUAAAUGAAAAUCGUUUUUUAUCAAGGUUAUAAAUGAUGCAAAUAACAUAUCUAGUUUGACUUUACAUAUUUGACAACUUUUGUUAGAAUUAUAUACUUCAAAGGGAAAAAAAGUGACCUCAAAGUGAUGGGGUUCAGGUUAGGGUCAGUUAAUAAUAAUACCUAAUUACCCUGUAAUUAUUCCCACUGACACGGCACCACAGAUUCUUUAGAAAC